AGCUUCAUUUCACAGGGUCCACGGUCAUACAGCUAUACAAUCUAUAUCAAGAUGAGGCUCUAUAGUAUUAUUUCUGUGUUUUUGGCAGUUUGUACGCAGACUGUCAUUGCAAAUGUGGAAAAGACGAUAUUCAUAGCUCCUAGUGCCCUUACAAUUCCUCUAGACCACCCCACCUUCGAGAAUCUACACCUCCAGACUCUAUCUCCAGAGCACUCGACAAUUCGGACGCAGCUGCACUCCGAGUUCCCUUCCGACGCUUUGCCUCGUGGUCCAGCAUCAUGGUUCAUCCUCAGCGACUUGACUGAAGGGCAGAGAUACGAGGUUCGCAUCUGCUGGCCAGCCACGAAACCGACAUCUUUCCACCUCGAAACAUACGAAGUAGCUGAUGUCUUCAAAAACCCGAGAUUGACCAUGUCUCUGGCGGAGUACUCCGAGACGCAGCAGAGCAAGCCAGAGUCUGGUGGGGAUUCGCUGAAGUCCGCUAUUCGACCAGCGACUCGAACGACCGAUGAGUCGCUGUUGCUUCUGAGCAUCUCUACUGCGGCGGACUAUUACACCACGGAUGUACAUCUGAUGAAAAAUCCUUCCCCGGUAUUCGUCGACAUCAUCCUGGACCCGUUCAUACUCGAUGUGUUCCCGAGAUCGCUUGUUCCGACAGCAGGAUACAUCACAAUUGUCGCCAUUGGAAGCUUCUUCGUGGCGCGGUUCAUGAGCAGGUUUUUGGCGGGGGUUGCGAAGACGGAUGUUCAGAAGAAGGAUAAAUAAGCUGUCUAAAUGCACUGUCUAUGGAUAUACAGGACUGAGAAGAGGGGACAGUUUAAGGCAGAAGAUUGCACCAAGGGAUACGUCGAGUCGCUCAUUCUCCGAGGCAUGGUCAAAGACAGUCUAUUUACGGCCGUCAUACCAGUUGAAUAAUACAGGCCAGUCAUACUCAGCCAUCCAUACCAUUCCAGGGAGGAUAUCCUGAGAGAUACAGCAGAAACCGAGAACAUCACGCCCGGUUCCAAUACCAACCAACCAGCUCCCAAAUAAGCAACGCACCGCUCCAGAAUAGCUCUCAUUCUCAACCAGCGUCAGUCACUCGUUCCACCCACACUACCAACCUCCAUCAGGCUAUUGUGCCAGCCUAUAACUGGGAAAAAAGGCAUUGUGCCCACCCGACGUAACGGGUUUCACCACGUCUCAGCCCCCACCACGGAACCACGACUCCCAAUCAAGUUAUACCAAGGAUUUUCAAAUAUAGAGUCAAUGACGAGUCCAGCCAUCACCAGAACUCUCUCUAAUUCCAAAUUUAUAUAGGAAAAAAUAUAUAUAACGUGGUUUAUCAGUACGUCGGACAUAUCAGUACCUCGGACACUUUUCCCGAAUUUCCUACCCUCUAACUUCACAACGCGUUUUUUCCACCUUUUAUUAUGUCAGUGAUUACCCAAGAAGCAAAAAUCAUUCUAGCUAUCGAGGCUAUCCGAACAUCAAAAAAUCUAAGUCGUCGGAAGGCUGCUAAGCUCUAUGAAGUACCUCAUUCUACACUCUGCGACAGAAUGAACGGCCGAACUACUGUCUACGAACGCCGGCCUGCAAUGAUGAAAUUAACUAUACUAGAAGAGGAGGUGGUUAUUCGGAAUAUACUUGAUAUGGAUUCAAGAGGAUUUGCACCCCGGCUUGCUGGUGUAGAAGAUAUGGCAAAUUUUAUACUCGAGUCGCGUGGAGGGAGGCGCGUCGGGAAGCUCUGGGCCCACCGAUUUGUACAACGACGUCCAGAAUUAAAGACGCGUUUUAAUCGCGUUUACGACUUCCAAAGGGCCUUGUGCGAAGAUCCUGAACUAAUUGGCGCGUGGUUUCGACUAGUGGAAAAUAUGAGGGCAAAAUAUGGUGUUUUGGACUGCGACUUCUAUAACUUUGACGAAACUGGGUUUAUGAUGGGUGUGAUUUGCCCUGCAAUGGUUGUUACCUGUGCAGAUCGACUUGGCAGAGGUAAGGCAGUUCAGCCAGGGAAUCGGGAAUGGGCUACAGCGAUUGCUUGUAUCAACAGUGACGGCUGGAGUAUUCCUCCAUUUUUGGUAGUUAAAGGCAAGAAUCAUCUUGCAAAUUGGUAUACAGACGGCGGCCUUCCACACAACUGGGUUGUUAAACCGACAAGCAAUGGAUGGACAAACAAUGAGACGGGUCUAGAAUGGUUGAAACACUUCGACAAACAUACUGCUGUUCGUGCAAGGGGUCCAUAUCGAAUGCUGGUGUUAGACGGGCACGAGAGUCAUGAAUCGGCCGAGUUCCAAGAGUACUGCAAGGCACACAACAUUAUAACUCUUGGACUACCUCC